AUUUGAUGAGAUGACGAUAAAGCAGGGCAUGCUUUAGGGCGUGGCUAUAGUUACAGAAGCUACUGCUGGCGCUAGCUGGUAACUUAAGGGAAAGUUUGCUGAUUUUCUGUGCACUGCCGUACAUGCAGACAAACAGCACCAGCAUCCGGAGGUCGGUGUUUACCCGUCGGUAAAUCUCUGUUGGAUGACUGGCUUCAGAAGGGUUGAAAAUCCGCAUCUUUCCCUCUUUAGCAUUUAGCUUAGAGCAGCGCCCUUCAACCAUAAACAACACUGGCAUGGCUGCGUCAUACAUUCAUUUAAAAGCUCUGAUAGUACAUCUAGCAACAGCGGUGGAAUUCAGGAAUGCAGCCACAGAAAGGGAUGUUGAAUCUGACGUUGAAGACAAACUGUUCCUGCUUCUAACGUGGAUCCAUUUCAGUUGGAGGUUCAGGUCUUUGGAAGCCAUCCAAUCCCCUGUCAGUCUGACUAAGCUGCUGAGUUUUAGAUUGGAGUGGGGAUGUGCUCACCAGCUGUGAGAUUAAGGGGAACUGAUCGAUGGCCUUUCUGAUUGGCUCUCACGGUGUCUCAGCAGCAUCCAAUCCCCUUGGUUCAGAUGGUUUUCCUCGGCCCAGCCAAAACCAAUUCUUCCUCCACGCAGGGGCCAAAUAAGAUCACUGACCUGAAGCUACAAGGCCACGCUCGGAGGUUCUGUCUCCAUCCGUCUGCCUGCACUCCUCCUCUCGCUGACAAAAAUGAGACAGAGACUGAGAAGAGGAGGAGAGGAGGAGAGGACUGCCAAAGAGACUCCUGCAGAGAUUCAGCUUUCAUUUGCCCCCUGUGCUGCGAUGAUGAUGAUGAUGAUGAUGAUGAUGAUGAUGAUGAUGAUGAUGAUGAGGAGGAGGAGGAGGAGGAGGAGGAGGAUAAUGAUGAUGAUGAUGAGGAUGAUGAUGAUGAACACAAGUAGGCUGCAGUGCUUCCUGUCUGCUCUUCAUCAAAUAUCUCACUCGGAGCACUGAGCAAUCAGACGAGACAGCUUCAUUAAAAACACAAAUUUAUUUACCUUGUAGGCCAGAUAUCAUGUUGCCAUCUAUCUGCUAUCGUGCAUGUCAAAAUCUGCACUUUACUGUAUUUUGUCUGUUUGAAAUAUGUCAAAAGCUUAGAGGUUCAUUUUAGACCUCAAACGUAGUCGUUUACAUCCAAUGAUUUACAUAAGACAUAAAGAAACAAACAUCUAAUAUCACAACUAUACAAGAGAAUACUAAACUCCAAAAUCCUCUUUCUGAUUUCUUUUUAACAGAAAUAUGAAAGAGGAUCAGAAGUUGCUGUAUUGUUUUUAAGUUGCAUUUAUAAAUAAAGAGAUACGGAUACAGAUUUAGGUUACAGACAUUUAGCCUCAUUUUAGCGUUAUCAAUUUUCGGCAUUGUUUUACCUGUUCUAUAAUUGCUGCAU